AUAGAUCUAAUCCUUCAUAUGAGUUGACUUUAUACAUUAGCUCUUGGCCUAAACUUGGUCUCAAAGGACAUAACUAGCUUGAAUCUUGGAUAUUUGAUCCAAGAGUACAAGAAUUGGUCUCAUCAUCUUCAAAAUAUCCCAUAAAAAGGGCAAGAAGAGCUACAAACUAACCAAGAAGGAAGCGAGCAAAAAGAAGGGACACAGCCAUGAAUCGGAACUUAGGUGCUUUUUGGAUUGGAUUGGUUGGUGCAACCAUCACCUUGUCUGCUUACUCACAGACUUUUGUCUCUCCUACACAGUGUAUCACCAUUGGUCUCUUUGUUCUCAUGUUUGGCUUGCUUGUCAGAGAAGGUUUCAUUUCCCUUUAGUUGCCUAAUAAUGUUUGUGUUGUAUUAGUUAUAUUUUGAUGGAAGACAUUAUUUCUACCAUUUAUUUGAUGAUGCACACUUCUUUCUGUUUUUGGUUUUCGAUCAGGAUUAUGCAACUUUUUUACGUGUCUUGUGUUUUUCUUCUUCUUCUGGGAAUGUGUAUGUAAUUAAUUAUUUGGUUUUAGUAAUUGCACAAGCUCCUUGAUGUCAA